UUGCGUCUUUUUAAAGUUUCGAUCAGGAUCAAUUUGAAGGUUAAAUUUUUUUGCAUAAGAUAAGCUCACAAUAGAAAAUUGUGCAUCGUAAACUCCCUGCUUAUUUUAAGUGUAUAUUUUGAAAGUUGAUUCAAUUUUUUAUUUACAGAGCAAAUACCUCAACUGUUAAUUUAAUAGGCGAUAAUUGAUUUGUGGUCAGCAUAAUUAUGGAAGAGAUAACUUUUUUAAUCAAUGAAAAGAUAUCAAUGAUUGAAGAAUUCAUCGCUUUGAGUUUAAGGCGUGAGAAGGUACAAUAUGUAGCAUCCACGCUCAUUAAAGAGGCCAAGGAAUUAAAUUUGGUUAUGGACAAGUUACAAAAGGCAGUGAAAGAAGAUCUAGAGAAAGUAAACGAAAAUCAUGGACGUUUAAUAAAACGUAUGCAGCUGCAACAAGACGCUAUUAUUAAAUAUGUUCUAGCGGAGCGGCGACGUAAAAUGCAAGAAGCUGAGUUACGAGAUAAAGAAAUGCUUGCAGCUGUCACUGCUUCCAAUGUUCCACGAACGGUUGAAAAAAUGUCUGCAAGCGUCUUGGAAAAAUGUAUGAGUGGACUCAAAUUGCAUUCUAACGUCUUCACGCCAAUAACGUUAAAAAAUUAUAAAAAUUCGCCAAUGGUAAAACAUAGACCCAUCAACCCAAUUCCGUUUAAGUUUCUUGAUUUUGAGUACCGUAUAACAGUGGAGCAAUUCGAGUCCAUUCCAAAAUAUAUGCGAGGUCGGGAAUGUAUUGACGAACUUCGCAAUUUUCUGGAUACUGUGGUGGUACCAUGUUUCAAUAAAAAGUACCAAUUAAUACAUCGCCAGCGAAGUACCGUACGCAAUACCCAUGAUUUGGAACUGUGGAAAGUGUACAAUCAACAAGCUUCUUAUGUGCCAGGGCGGAAUUUCAUUACGGCCGGUGAUAUUUCACAACAAAUGCACAAAAUGUUGGAUAAAAAACAACAAAACCGCAUAGUAAUGCUGAGGCAUUUAGGUGUUCUGCAAGAACAGAGAGUUGGCCAAACUGUGUGCUAUAUAUGGAAUGCAGAUGCGCAUUAGCUAUAAUGGUUAAGAUGUA